AUGUAUAAAAUAGUGAUUUUCAUCCUUACGGUUUUGUGCACAGCUGUCCAUGCGGUUGAAGACUUUAACGCAAGCAGCGAAGUGUUAUACUUAACAAUAACAAACAAAAAUGGUGAAGAGGUGUACAUAAGCGAAGACCUGAUGCGGAAGUUGAAUAACGAAUUGGAGACGUGGCACUGGACUCCGUGGCUAAAGACCAGGACGGCGGUCUUGGAGAAGUAUGUCACCGAAGUCAAUUGUCUUAGUGGAGACUCGAUUAGCAGUUUUCCAGAUGGACCAUUUAAUGAUGAGCAACUGCGCAGUGGCGGAUUCAUCCUAUAUAUGCUGUUCGGUGCCUACGCGUUCACCCUUUUGGCGAUUGUCUGUAACGACUAUUUCAUACCUUGUGUGGAACUUAUAUGCGAAGACUUGAAGAUACCUCAAAACGUGGCAGCUGCAACGUUCAUGUCAGUGGCUACAUCUUGCCCGGAGUUCUUCGUCAACGUAAUUUCGACUUUCCUCACGGAAUCCGAUAUGGGCAUCGGGACCAUUGUAGGUUCAGCUAUUUUCAAUAUACUGGGCGUCGCGGCAAUAGGGAGCAUCGCCGCUGUCUCGCCAAUAACGAUUGAGCGGCGCCCGGUGACUAGAGAUGCGUUAAUCUACAUGGUCAAUGUCAGCAUUCUGGUCGCGAUCGUAUGGGACGGCCAAGUGGUGUGGUACGAGGCCCUGAUACUUGGCCUGCUGUAUAUCCUGUACUUUUUUGUCAUGUUCAACAGCAUGCGACUAUUUGCAUUGUAUGACAAGAUCGUGGCGUCAUGCUGCAGAAGUCCUGUCUAUAUCGUGACUACAUUUGAGAAGCCAAUUGAAGAGGGUAUCACUGAAAAGCCUUAUUCAACGGAGAACGGGAAUGUUGUUAAUGAGAAAAUGAAAAAUGAAAAAGUUGAAGAUGUACCGAAGGGAAGCAUAUGGCAUUUCCCGAGUUCAAAGUCAGUUCUGUACAAGAUGUGGUGGGUGUACAGUUGGCCAUUGAAAAUUGUCCUCUCUUUCACGAUACCCUCACCCGUACACCACAGACGAUUUUAUCCAUUCGCCUUCAUCAUGUGCAUCAUAUGGAUUGGUGGAAACUCGUACAUGGUCUCGUGGAGUAUGACUGUUAUAGGUCACACAUUCUUCAUUCCCGAUUCAGUCAUGGGAAUGACAUUCCUUGCAUUCGGGGGGUGUUUGCCAGAAGCCUGUUCCAUCUUUAUUAUGUCAAGACGAGGUGAAGGGGGUAUGGGCGUGUCUAACGCGCUCGGCGCUAACUCGUUAGCCAUAUUGUUUGCCCUCGGCGUACCGUGGUUAAUAAAAACACUCACCUACCUAGUGCAGGGUUCAGAAACAACUGCGGUGUACAUAAACUCGUCGGGGAUCGAUUUCGUGGUCGCGACACUCUUGAUAGCCGUGUCGUGUCUUUGGAUUACAUUGUUCAUCGGCAAGUUUCAAUUACGGCGAAGUGUCGGCAUCGCUCUCAUGAGCUUCUAUGUGAUUUUCAUAACUUUCGCGAUUCUACUUGAAAUGGGCAUCAUUUUCCCCACAAGUGUUGCCAUAUGCUGA